AUGUUAUCACGGAUAGUGGGAAGCCGUCUAUUCGGAAGCACACGGUUAUUAAGCAACGUUCCACAGAAACCAAAGUCACGGUGGAAACUGUAUGUGGUUGGCACUACGGUACUGACUACAGGCCUGUACACUGCGAAAGUGUUACUGCCAGAUAUGCGUGAAAUCAAAGAUCCUACACAUUACUACUCAAACUGGUUGGUAAGGUAAAAAGGUUGAUGUUACAUUUGCGUUUGUUUAGAUACGAAUGUAUGCAUCGUUACCAUUAAGUGCCAUUUCUAAGGUUUCUGGAGGAUUCUCGAAGGUUUACAUCCCAACAAUGUUAAGAGACACAUUGUUCGGGCUCUACGUCAGGAUUUACAACUGUGACAUGGACGAAGCCAUCCACCCUGACCUCAGGAACUACAGAACCUUUGCCGAAUUCUUCAAUCGGCCGCUGCUGCCGGGUGCUCGACCCAUCAGUGCGGCUCCAAUGGUAAGAUGGUGUUUUUUAUUAAAAUUGUGUAAAUAAUUUUAAAAUACAGUGAAAUUUGUUAUCAUUAAUAUAGGAUUUAAUUCUUUUUUUGGUGUUUUUAGGUAUCACCUACUGAUGGCACGGUAUUACACAUAGGAGAAAUUGAGGAUGAACGAGUCGAGUACGUGAAAGGACACGAUUAUCCUGUGUCAGAAUUCCUUGGACCCGUUAGACUUGACAUACCGGUAAGUUGUGUUUAAAAUACCAAAAAAAUCUUUAGAAAGACAAGAAGUUACUCCAAGUUGUUAUAUACCUGGCACCUGGAGACUACCACGCUUUCCAUUCUCCCACAACAUUUCAAUGUCUACAACAAACACAUUUCCCGGGUGAGAACGCUUUUUGAUUCAAAUAUGAGUUGACGGUUAGUGUAAUAUACAACAUAUCGUACGUAAACACCUGUACUAAUCAUAUUUCAUAACCUUUAAGGUAAGCUGUUCUCUGUCAGACCCUGGGUACUGGAAGCAAUUCCAUUAUUGUUCUGUCUGAAUGAAAGGAUGGUACUCAAUGGAAACUGGAAGCAUGGAUUCUUUUCCAUGACUGCAGUAGCUGCUACCAAUGUUGGUGACAUUGAGAUAACAGACGUAAGUAUUGAAAUGUUUUUUGAAGACUUGAGUUAUAGCACAUGGAAAGGCGAGCAAAUGCAAAAGUACUAGAAACAGAAGACUUUGAAUCGGCAGAAGGCACCGUACUGUCGUACGGUAAAGGACAGAAAGUGGGUGAAUUCAGGUUGGGGUCAACUGUUGUCUUGGUGAGUAAUUAUUCUAUAAAAAAGAGAAAUAAAUUACAGGAACAAACAUACAAAUUUAAGACCUGAAAACCUUAUACUUAUGCUAUUUUUAAAACCUCAAAUUUUGGCCAUAAUUAAGCUUAUAUCGUUUUAGAUAUUCGAAGCCCGAAACAGUGCCAAGUUUGCCAUUUCAGCUGGAGACAGAGUUAAAUUUGGACAAAGCCUUCUUCUAGAAGACUGA